AUGCCAUCUGUAUCUGUUCUGUCGGAAUACACUUUCAACAAUUGGGGGCCACUUACCACGACCUGGACCGCGCCUGCUUCUUGUCAGUCAAUGCAGUCUGAAAAUGUCUAUAUUGCCAAAGCUAGCACUCCAACGAUCAAUGUCGCUAAGGUUGCAUGUGGCGUAGACGCCGGUCACUGGAGCUGCUAUCCAACAGGCACAAUGACUAAUAUUCCAACCGCGACUUCAUGGUUUGACGACCCUCGUAGCGUCGAGUUUUACCAGACAUAUUACUCUCCUGGUCUCUACUGUCCCUCCGGGUGGGGCCCUGUUGCAACGGCGUCGCGCAAUGCGACUCAGACUGUCGAAUGGAAUGGCGCUUUUGAUCCCGCAACCACCUCACUAGCGUCAGAUGUUGUGUUCCUUGAGAAUUUGGUCAACAACGUAUUCCUACAGGUCCUUGCUCCAAGUGAAACUGCUGUCCUGUGCUGUCCGAAGUCUAUGACACCCGGUUCCGCCGGAGAAAUUUGUUACUCAACCUUACCAAAUUACACAUUUUCUACUGCCUGCUAUGAUAUUCUACCACCUGCCGAUAGGACCGUCUCGACUGAAACCAAAUCGAUUUGGUGGUACGGCACUACCGUCGAAGCGCUGUUCCAGUCAUUGACCACAUAUGGUACAGACACCGUAACUAAUAUCUUGCACUCAAGCGACUGGUCUAGCCUUGUUGCCGUCACAGCAAUUGUACCCAUCACGCUCGUGCAUCAACCGACGGAUGUGAGCACAUCUAACCCAGCCGUCAGAAUUACUCCAAGACCUCCAAAUUGGAAUGGAAUUAAGACUGUGCUCGGAAUCACUGCUGCAGGAAUGUUUCUGGGGGCAGCUAUGAUCUUGCCUUGGUAG